UUUCCUUCCUCAUCAACUUUCCAUCUUAAAACAACGCUCUUGAUCAUAUCGUCAUCUAGACGAUAUCUUCAAUUCAAGUGAUCUUCGCAUCCAUUCAACGAAAACAAAAACAGUCUCGUAAUCGUAUACAAAUUUGUUGCUCUUGUUCAUUCUUGCACGGUGGUAGUCCUUGAUCUAUGGAUGGUUCUGUUGCCCAGCUGAUUCCUCGUAAUCAUGGCACAAGUUAGCAACCCACAAGAACCCAUCGCCAUAGCUUCAGGCUAUCAGCCGGGCGGUCAGAAUGGAAGCUUAACAGCAGCUGAUCUAGAAGGGAUCCGCGAAUAUCAGAAGGUUAUCAGUUUUCGAGAUGCCAUAGUAUCUGGCAAGCAUCCUCGUAUCAAGGUUGUUACUGCUAAGCCUAUUACUCCAGCUCAACAACCCCAAGCUACUUCUACUAUGCCCGCGACAGAACGUACAGCACGUACAGAACGCGUUGCAUCCUCAUCAUCAUUCGCACAGCCCCAAGCCUUGCAAAACCCACAUAUACAUGCACAUGCACCUAAUCUCAACUCUCACCAGGUGGACAAUUAUAAUUCAUUCAUGGCCAACUUACAGCAAUCAGCUGUCGCCUCAGCUGCGACUGGUAUUUCAGAGCUAUCUGUUGCAUCUGCAGCAUCUACUUUUAUCCCAGGUGUCUCAGCACCUUUAGAUGAUAACAAGACCCUUCGAGACCCUAAUGACAAGGCAAGGUAUCUUGAGAAACAACGGGAAAAGCUCGAACAGGAACUCGAACAACAGCUUCAUCAACGAUCAGAAUGGCGAUCCUCAUCUGAGCAUAUUGACUUAGAUCUUGCAGAUGUUUUGGCGAAGGCGUUAACUGUCGUACAAGCUACCGCUCCGAUCUCUACCGGUACUCCUAACGCUGCCACCAUUUCCGACUCGAGCGAUUCUUUCGACGAUAAUACGUUUUAUUCUAGUUCGUUUGAGACCCCUGUCUCGCGUGCCUCACCUCGAGUUCAGAAGGUAAUAAGUCAAGAUGUGCCAGUGCAAGGCCUCGUUACUCCCCUACAUGGACCACAUGCGACGCCAAUGGUCAAGCCGCAGCCUAGGUAUGUUUCUCAGCCGCCCACUUACUCCCCAACACCAUCGUACCAACAACAGAUAAGUCAGAGCGAGCAGCCGACCCAGACCGCGAGUAGUUCGCGCCCAUUGCCGCCGAGCACCGGCAUUCCACCCAAGCCCACCCAAGGUCCCGGAUCAUCGUUGGUAGCACAGUUCCACCAGUUACAUUCUAUGGAACCGCAGGUUAUCAGUUCAGACAGCGGCCCUGCAAGUAGAUCAGACAAUGGUAAUACAGAUUCGGAUCAGCCUGGUGACUACAGAGCUCGCCUCGCCGGCUUACUUCCUGCUCCUCCCUUAAUACAACAGCAGCCUCAAGGCCUAUUAGUUCGUGCCCACGACCUUUCGCCGUAUGCCCCCCAACCUGCGCAUAUUUCGUCGUUGGCCACAGUUCGAGUACCGCCUGCGUCUGAUCCAGAAAUCAGCAUCUUGCCGGGUGCGCCGGCACAGGUAACCGCACUGAGACAACAACAUGGAGUUCUUACUAGUCCUGAGAGUUCCCCUCAAGGAGAGAAGAGAAGCAAGAAAAAGAACAACAAGAAGAACAAGAGAAAGGCUGAAGCGAGAACAUCAGAUGUCCCAGGAUCUCCUUACAUCAAACCCGAACCUCGAUCGCCUUCACCUUUAUCGGCACCGCAAUUUGCCAGACCUCAGAAGCGAUUACGAUCUGACCCACACCAACAGCCGGAGAUAGUGUAUGAAGAGACGCGAAUCGGACGACCAGUUUCUGUACUGCGUCGCGAACCGUUUACUACAACACAUGCACCAGCCGCACAAUCUCCCUACGGAUUCGAGAGAGUGGAUGAUCCCUACGCGAGACAGGCACGCCAGUCUGUAGCUCCGGCGAGCCAGAGAUUAGAGCGCACCGUGUACGAGGAGCGACGGCAUGAUGAAGCGGCUGUGCAGUAUAUUCAACGCGUCCAAUCCCCCUACGACUACGCGCCCCCCUACAGUGUUGUUGAGUCGCGACCUUUACGCUCGGCCAGUUACUCAUUAAACCCCCAGUAUCGAGAGCUUUCUGCUUACCCGCGGGAUGGCCGAAUGAGUGUGCGGCCUUAUGCUGAUCGUGCUAGAUCGCGAUCGCCCAUUACGAUCGUUGAGAGACGCUCGCCUAUCAUGGCACCCCCUGCGCCCCCGCCUCGAAUUCUAGUUGAUCAAUAUGGUCGCGAGUACAUCGAACCUCCUCGUGCUAGCACCGCAUCUCGUCAUUCGGCCGUACCAGGUCCGCGACCAAGUGAACGCGAGGUUAUAUACGAACGAGUCCCAGCGCGUGUUCCGUCUCGUAUGUCUAGGGAGACAUUUGAAGAAGAUGGGAUUAUCUACCGACGUGCGUCGCCCACAUAUCCUCCUCGACGCGUAGUCACACAACCAGAAUAUGGAGUGGAUUACAGAAGCUACCGCGAACGCGAUUAUCCGAUACAACCUAUUGGAGGAGCACCCAGUCCGGACUUUAUGCCGAUUCGAGGAGCAAUUGGCGGUCGGGUGCCCGAAGAUAUGUCUCGGGGCUACCUCCCUAGAGCGACAACAGUACGGCCAGCGGAGGCUGUACCGUAUUAUCACAGGCCUGAUACUGGACGACCGGAUUUACCUCCUAGACACUAUGCAGCCAGCGUCCAUCCCGAGGUAAGACGAGACGCGGUGCCUCCGGUAGCUAGGGAGUUUAGCGUCAGACCGGUAGAACGUGAUGCACACAGACGCGAAUAUAGCGUCCACCCAGGAGAUCGUCUCUAUAACAGACCACUCCAUAUAGACGACGACGUCACCUUCAUUGAGCAUCCUCAAGCAGCUCAGCCAGAGAUUAUUUACACAGAAAAUGGUCGACGUCAACCUUAUUAGUGAGCAUAUGCUGCCCAAGGAUUUUAUGCAUGCGAAUUGUACAUUAUGGCCGAGUCUGCGGAGGACUAAUGGGAGAUAAUGCGCCUCAUUGGUUUGCCUACAUACCUAUCUAGGUAGGUAGCCAAUGUUGGCAUAAUUCGGACAUGGCUAAGAGUUCGAGCCCUGCCAUGGUUUCGAUGUUGUACUAUACUGCAAUACAGUUGUAGCCGAGUGUGAGUCUGCUCGGCAUUGGCAUUGAGGUGGGGGUUCGUGGACUCAGGCAUUGCUCUAAGUGCCCAGUGUGUUUCCUGUGGAAUUUGGGCGGUGGUAUGCAAGCUUCCCUAUUCGACGAAGCUUGAUACAGUCAGGUGCUCAUGUACGCACUUGCACCGACUGUACAUAAUUUUAGGCUCCCUCAAUCAACCACACAUAGGACCCCAAAUCAUUCGGCAUUCCUUGAGUGAAAGUGACACGGUACAUGCUAAUGAUUUUUAUUAAUCUUAGAUUAUAGCAAC